CAUAUGGAACAAAGGAACAAUGUGACUGAGUUUGUGCUGUUGGGGCUCACUCAGAGCCCCCAGGGUCAGAAAAUAUUGUUUGCUGUUUUCUUGCUGAUCUACAUGGUGACAAUGGCAGGCAACCUACUCAUUGUUGUGACUGUGGUGCUCAGCCCCGCCUUGGAUGCACCCAUGUACUUCUUUCUUGGUUAUUUAUCACUUAUGGAUGCUGUUUAUUCUAACACAGUUACCCCAAAUAUGAUGAUUGACUUACUCCAUGUGAAUAAAACCAUAUCCUUCAAAGCUUGUAUGACGCAACUUUUUUUAGAGCACUUGUUUGGUGGUGCAGAGAUUUUGCUACUGGUGGCCAUGGCUUAUGACCGCUAUGUGGCCAUCUGCAAACCACUGCAUUAUCUGACCAUCAUGAGCAAAGGGGUGUGUGUUCUCUUUUUGGUGUUUGCCUUAGUUGGUGGUUUUGUGCAUGCUAUACUGCACAUCCUUUCUGUUUACAGCCUUCCCUUCUGUGGACCAAAUGUGAUUGACCACUUCAUCUGUGACAUGUACCCCUUAUUAAAACUUGCCUGCACUGACACUUACAUUAUUGGGCUCACAGUGGUGGCCAAUGAUGGUGUCAUCUGUGUGGUCAUCUUUUCCCUCUUGAUCAUCUCCUAUAUGGUCAUUCUGCACUCCCUGAAGAACCUGAGUCAGGAAGGGAGGCGCAAGGCCUUAUCCACCUGUGGCUCCCACAUCACAGUGGUAGUUUUCUUCUUUGUUCCUUGCAUAUUUCUGUAUGUGAGACCUCCCUCUACCUUUCCAAUCGAUAAAUCCCUGGCUGUAUUUUACACUGUCAUAACACCUUUGCUGAAUCCCCUCAUCUAUACUCUGAGAAAUGCAGAGAUGAAAAAUGUCAUGAAGAAACUUUGGACUGGAAAAGGGAAAUGA